UCGUGCAAAGUUUGGGUAGGGGAAGUUCAGAAACAUGAAGAGAAUUGCAAACUGUAUUUGUGUGGGACAAAACUAGAUCUGGUGAAGGAGGAUCCUCAGCGGCGUGAAGUAGAUUACCAUGACCUCAAUGACUAUGCAGAAGAGAUAAAUGGGAAACUCUUUGAGACUUCAAGUAAGACUAACACUAAUAUUGAAGAAUUGUUUGCAUAUAUAGUGGAAGAUUAUGCAAAAGACAAUGCAGCUGUUAUUGCUACGUUGGAAAGGCAGACUGUGGAUUUGACUGAUGAAGAGAAGAAAAACAAGUGCUGUUAAGGUUGUAUAUUUGUAUAAGAAAGAGAUUUAGUAUUCUGAAAGUUAGGUCAUUGCCGAUGUGCAGGGGAUGCCUGAGUUGUGCAUUGUCUUUGCAAAAGAUGUCAAAAGACAAUAAAUGAUAAUGGAGUUGUUUAAGUGUAAUUUACAGUUGUUAAUAAAUCACCUUCCCUUGAGAAUUAACUGCCUUACAGUACAAUAUGUACAGUAAUGUAAAUACUGUAUAUAUAUGAAUGCUACAUAAAAGUGAAAUAGGUUAGUGACAAGGCACAUUCACCAUCUGUUUUUUCACAGUGAAGAUAUUGUGUAUAUUUCUUGGUAUCUUUUGUAAGUGUCUUUUUCACAAUGUGAUAUGUAUAGAGGUAGGUCAUUAAGUUUGUUUUGUUUUGAUGUCCAUACUAUCUUUUAUAUUAGUUGUAUACCAUGUUGUGUAUAGUUAAAUAUAAGUUUUUAAUACUUUGUUGUAUAUUCAUCAUGUUAUGUAUUUUAGGCUGAUACUAGCUGGCACUCCGGAAAUGUCAUGGCAGUAAGAAGAUAGUAAGGACAUUGAAUGUUGCUUAGGAAGCAGAUUCAGGGAUGUAUUGUUAACAUUUCACAUUAGCCAGUUAUUGUGCCAGUGCUCAGUAACGAAGGAUACUAUGUGUCAGUGCAUUGUUAGUCAUAGUGAGUCCCAUUCUAGAUGUUGUAAGAUAUAAAAAGUAUGAGUGCGUUCUCUUUUUGCGGCUCUGAAUUGGGAACCAAAAGUUUUUCCUUGUGAUAAAGCAUUCCUGAGCACAUCUUUUAUAUCAUAGGAAUGUUAAAAAUAUAGAAUGUACACUGUAAAGAAUAGAAAGGCAAGGAGGAUUUUGGUAGAGAUCCACAGCAAACUUAUGAUUGCAAGGUAGAAUAUGCUGUAGUCACAUAAAUUUAAGAAUGAUAGAAUUUGUCAUUUACUGUAGUCUGUUUUGUAAAUUAUUAAUAUGCAUUAUGUAUGUUGACACAGUAGGUGAAGUUGCUAUAUUUGCUAAAUAAUUUUUCUCUAAUACAUGUCACAGUGAAAUUUAUGUAAAACUGAAAUAAUAAA